AUGCCUCCUUCACAAGGUCUAGAGAACAAAAAUACAAACCAUCACAUUGUCUGUCUAGAAGAAUGCCACUGCCCCAUACCCGCCUUUUCCUUCCCACACAGCUACACAGGCUACGCCUCAACAUCGCCCUCCCAUUCAGAAAUAGUAUCACGGCUUCAUGACGCCACAAUCGCGAUUACGACGCUUGUCCCCAUCACGCGAGAGGUACUACAAGCAUGUCCGCGACUUCAGUGCGUCAUUAUCAUGGCAACAGGUGUCGAAUGGGUCGAUAUCCCUGCUUUCCAGGAAAAGGGCGUGAAGGUGAUCAACUGUCCUGGCGCGAACGUGAGCACUGUCGCAGAGCAUGCUCUUGCACUUUACUUCGCAUCUAGGCGGAAGAUAGUCGAGUUGCAUGAUGCUGUUAUGGGUAGUGACGAGUACGCCGAGAAGCGGACGCUCAUUCACCGGUUUGGUAGUGGGCCACCGCAUACGACGCAGCAGGAGGUUGUGGCUAUUAUUGGGUAUGGGAUGCAGGUCCUCAUUGCGGAGCGGAAGGGCGUCAUGGGCGAUGAUGUACGGGAAGGACGGGUGGCUUUUGAAACGGCUAUACAGCAUGCAACGGUGGUCAUGGUUGCUGUUGCGAAGGGCCCUGAUACGGUAGGGCUGAUUGGCAAGGACGAGUUGACGGCGAUGAGGAGUGAUGCGCUGGUGAUCAAUGUUGCGAGAGGAGGGAUCGUGGAUGAAGAGGCCCUAGUCAACGCGCUAAAGGAGGGUUGA